AUGGAACUUUUGCUGAUGGUGAUUGCCCUGCAUGCUUUGUGCUUAUUUCAAGGUGAAUUCUACAUGCUCAGCCUGUCUCAAGUCUGCUCUGGCACUCUUGGGGCUUUUUACAAUGGCAGCUGGGUACCUGUAAGCCUACAGUCCUUGAGCAUUCUGGAAAAGGAUGACAUUGGCCACAUCUGUAACAGCCUGGGUUGUGGAGGAGUUUUUGACUUCAGGGAAAACAAUACAGCACCUUUUAACACCUGUCUAACAGACUGUGUUUUCAUCAACUCCACACUGCACAACUGCUCUACCGCUGCACUUGAUAACUGCCUCAAAUUGAUGGAGAUAUUCUGUGAGUGGCAGGCUGUCCGUUUGAAGGGUGGAAAAGACAAAUGUGAAGGACGGGUAGAAUUGCUAAACGCUGGGCUUUGGGGUUCAGUGUGUGAUGAUGAAUGGGAUUCAAAUGGAGGAAAUGUGGUAUGUGCCCAGCUAGACUGUGGCACAGCUGUACAUAUAACACACAAGGCCAGUUGGUUUGGUCAAGGCACUGGUCCUGUUUAUAUCAGUAAACUGAACUGCACUGGAAAUGAAAAAAACCUAUGGGAGUGCAGCACUUACAACCACAGAGACAACAACUACUGCGGCCAUAAAGAGGAUGCUGGAGUUGUGUGUUCAGAAUCUUUGGAGAAGACUGUUGAGAGCAGCAGUAUGCUUUCAUCAGCAGUAUUGGGCUGUAUUGUUCUCUCUAUUGUUCUGGUGUUUGCACUAUUUUUAAUUGCUGCCCAAAGCAUCUACUACAGAAAAAGAAAUGCCUUAGAUGAUGAUCCUGUGGUUGCUGAGUGCAAUCAAGAGCAAGAAAAAGCAUCUGGAGAAGAUAAUGCUGUGAAAAAUAAGCCACAUUAUGCUGAAUCUGAUUCAGAAAGCACAUCUUCUGGUGAAUGUUAUGAAAACACACAAGCAGAAGAGGAAGAACUCUUGAAUCCAGAUGCUGUCUCUGAUUCAGAAAGCACAUUUUCUGGUGAAUGUUAUGAAAACACACAAGUAGAAGAGGAAGAACUCUUGAAUCCAGGACAUAACAAACUAACACACAUAAUUUCGAUUUCUUUAGAUGACAGCAGCACAUCUUCUGAGGAAGCAUAUGAAAAUGUGCCACCAUGCGAGUCCUCUGAUGACAGUGAUUACGAUGACAUAGCAAACUGGUAA